CUCCCUACCGCUCCGUAGAUUACAGCGCAGGCCACUUGACAAGCGCCAUUUGCUUUGCAUUGCUGAUUCCCUUCCUCCACCUUCCUACCACUCUCGCAUUUCAAGACCAUGAAGCGAGGGGCUCUGCGGCAAAUUCAAAGAGAGGAUGGGGAGGAUCCGCACGACGUAGAUGGAGCAGAGGACGGCCAGAACGGAUCAGCGGGGGCAGCUCCCGCCGGCGAGCGAGUCAUUCGAGGCCUCCCGAGACGCAAAGGAUUCGGCAGCUCCACUCCUUCCGCAAGUCCCUCACCAGCACCUACAAGUGCCGGGGCAGCUCCCACCUUUAGCUUCGGUGCCCCGUCGGGAGGAGGGUUUGGUACCGCACCUUCAAGUGCCCCCACACCCACCUUCUCCUUUGGACAACAGCCAUCCUCAUCAUCCACUUCCUCCCCCUCCUUUGGUGCCUCUGCUGCCUCGACAAAUCCCAGCCCUGUAGGCUUCUCCUUCGCACCGGCGACCGCCGCGGCUAGCAAGCCUGCAACGUCGGCGACGCCCGCAGCGUCAGCCUCGUCUAGCAGCAGCAGUACCUCGAGACUUAACCAUCUCCUUGCACUGCGCGGGCUGAACCACUCGCUCCGCACAGCGCUUGCUACGCAGCUCGACCCUGCCUCGCUCGGAGAAAAGGAGCUGGACGAUCUGGCUCCCCUGGUGCGUGGGGUUCUCGACAAGUACGAGACCAAGAGGAAAGAAUUGGUAGCAAAGGAAGGACAGAGCAGUAAUGGGACCGGCAAGGGGCCUAGCAGCUCAGCGCCUGCGCCUGCGCCUUCAUCGAGCAGCGGCUCGUCCUCUCAACCGUCCACUUCCACAACGGGCGGCUUCUCCUUUACAGCGCCCAAGAGUGCUCCUGCUGCCGCACCUGCUCCUGCCAAAGCUGCGCCAGCGCCAGCUGCCUCCCUCGCAUCCUCCUCCUCGCCCUCCACUGCACCCCCAACAUUCUCCAUCCCCUCGGGCGGCUUCUCUUUUGCAGGGAAGAAGGUCUCAGACCUCUCCGCGGCUGCUGCUAGCGGGAGCAAGGUGCAACUGCCCAAGGACAUCCCCACGUUCGACAAGCCCAUCUCGAGCUUCAAAUUCGCCGAAGGGUCGGGGUUUGCGCCAUUAGAAAAGGAAAAGGAGGAAAAGGAAAAGGCAAAGAGGGAGCAGGAGGCUGAGGCGGAGGAGAAGAGGCGCAAGGAGGAAGAGCAGGAGAAGGAGCGCAAGGCGAAGGAAGCAGAGGAGAAGGAGCGGUCCAGCAAACCUGCUGCUACCACUCCCUUGUCGGCCACCUCACCCGCCUUCUCCUUUGGGGCUCCCGCUGCCCAGCCCCCUCGCGCAGCAUCCUCCACGCCCACGCCCACCUUUGGAGGCUUUGGCUCCGCAGGCGGCUUCGGCUCUUCCUCGUCCUCCUCCACCGGCGGUAGCGCUGGUGGUAGCGCCAGUAAGCCUGCCGAAGAAGGAUUCCGCUUUGGCUUCGGAAGCUCCUCCUCCGGCGCCUCUACCUCUGCCUCCUCCACGUCGAAGCCUAGCGCACCUGCAGCAGCAGCAGCACCCACGAGCGGCAGUCCCUUUGGAGGAUUCGGCUUCGGCUCUUCCCCUUCAUCGAGUACCCCUGCCGCCGCAACAAGUCCAAGUCCAUUCGGCAGCGGUAGCGGCGGGAACAAGCUCAGCAACUCCUCUGCCCUCCCAUCAACGGGAUUCACAUUUGGGUCUGCAGCCAGUAAAAGUCCCAGUAGCGGCUUCAGUUUCGGUUCUGGUGGCGGUACCGGUAGUGGAGCUGGUGGAGGGACCAGUCCCGGUUUCACCUUUGGCAAUAGCACCAGCGCUACUGGUGGCUCCAUCUCUGCUGCCACUCCUUCUACGGGCUUCUCCUUUGCAAAUCCAGCGAGCAAUGUUGCCAAGCCGGGCAUGUUUGACUUUAAAGGUUCGGGAGGGAAGAUUUCUUUUGGUGGAGAGAAGAAGGAGGGAGAGGACGGUGGGGACGAGAAGAAGUGAGGGAGGGGGACACUCUGUAUCACCAGUGACUCUUCUACAUCUAUCCGUCUUGAGUGUAGAGGAAAUGCUGCAGAAUCGCCUGGUGUCACACCACAUUUUCGAUUACUCGACCGUUGCGAGAGCUCGUAGCAUUGCAAUCACACUGCGCUGUUCUGUUCUGCUCUCCUCCGCUCAUCGCUUGACCCAAGUGUACGCCUUUCGCGCCUUUGCCAAUCCGGUCUUCUUCCUCUCCACCAUUCUCGGGUCCCUCUUCAACACACCAUCCCUUCCCAAUACCUCCCUCACACUAACUCUCAAUCUAGCCCACUC